AUGAUUCCUAAAGCCUAUCAAGUCAUCAUCAUGGAUGAUGAUUUGUGGGACCAUCGUCGUGGGAAUCAUGCUUCUUUGAAUCGUUCAAACGACGUUUCACAGAGGCAGUGGAGAAAGUUUGUUCUUGACCACAUGUAUCAAUCAUUAAGCAAUGAUAAAGAAGGAAUGCAGGGGUUCUUCAGGGAUGUGCUUAUGAUGGCAGUUAAGAUUUAUGCAGCUAUUAAAUUGGAUCAACUCAACGGACCUGAGAAGAGAAAAAUAAACCCAGAAACGAAAGAACAAAAGAGGAGAGGGAGAAACCUGGAAGCAACGAAGGCGAAGAAGAUAACAGAGAGUCAAAAGACCGAAGAAAAAAAUAGCAACAAAUGGAGAGGGAAAAAAGCCUGA